CAUUCACAAAAUGAACACCGCUGCCUCCAAACUCCGCCAGGCCCUCCAGGACCCUAACGCCUUCAUCACCGCCCCAGGUGUCUACGAUGGUCUCUCGGCCCGGAUAGCCCUCAAUGUUGGAUUUGACGCUCUCUAUAUGGUAUGCGGUUUCUUCGCCAUUGAUGCUUUUUUCGACUACCUGGCUGAUACUCCCAUUGAGUAGACCGGCGCCGGUACCGCCGCCUCCGUGCACGGCCAAGCAGAUUUGGGAAUUUGCACACUCAACGAUAUGCGAGCUAAUGCCGAGAUGAUCAGCAACCUUUCCCCAUCAACUCCUGUUAUCUCAGAUGCCGAUACCGGCUAUGGCGGUCCGAUUAUGGUCGCUCGUACUACAGAACAAUACGCGCGCGCCGGUGUAGCAGCCUUCCACCUUGAGGACCAGGUGCAAACCAAGCGAUGCGGGCACCUUGGCGGAAAGAUCCUCGUCGAUACAGACACAUAUGUUACCCGAAUUCGGGCUGCCGUGCAAGCUCGGAAGCGCAUUGAUAGCGAUAUUGUCAUCAUCGCCCGCACCGACGCCCUCCAAGUAAACGGCUACGAAGAUAGUCUCGCUCGUCUCCGAGCAGCGCGUGAAGCUGGUGCGGACGCAGGCUUCCUCGAGGGCAUCACUUCCAUCGAAAUGGCCCGUCAGGUGAUUGCCGACCUUAAGGGUUGGCCGUUGCUUCUGAACAUGGUUGAGCACGGCGCUACCCCUUCCAUCACUGCCGCCCAGGCCCGUGAGCUUGGAUUUCGAAUUAUUAUCUUCCCAUUCGCUGCGCUGGGCCCCGCGUGCAAAGCUAUCCAGGAAGGCAUGGAAAAACUCAAGCGCGAUGGUAUUCCAGGAUUGGACAAGGAGAUGACGCCGCAGAUGUUGUUCCGGGUGUGCGGGUUAGAUGAGAGCAUCAAGGUAGAUGCGGCAGCGGGCGGAGCAGCUUUCAGCAGCGGAGUUGAACUCAAGUAA